UUUUGAUAUAAAAGACAUGAAGUGGUGCUGAAAAAAUAUACUUCAAAAUCAACCAACAUUUGGAAUACAUCAAUCCAAAAAAAAAAACACAAAACAAAUCAACAUGUUCAAAUUCGCCGUCGUCAUCUUAGCUGUUAUUGGCUGCACUGUUGCUAAGCCAGCCCCAGGAAUUAUUGCAACACCACUUGCAUACUCAGCUCCAUUGGUUGCUGCCGCACCAGGAGUUGUCACUGCCACUAGUAGCCAAGUCAUCGCAAGGAAUUACAAUGGAAUCGCCACUGCUCCAGUUUAUGCUGCCACUCCAGUUGCUAAAUUCGUUGCUGCUCCCGUUGCUGCUCCAUUAGUUGCUGCUCCUCUUGCUGCUGCACCAUUGGCAGCCAAGUAUGUAGCUUCACCUUACGCUAGUCCAUUGGCUUACUCCGCUCCUUUGGCUGCUGCUCCCUUCGGUUAUGCCUCAGCUUACGGAUAUGCGUCCCCAUUGAGUUAUGCUUCAGCUCCACUUUUGUUCUAAAAAGUAAAAGAUGACAUCGAUAAAUAAAUAAUGAAUGUGAUUGAAUUGAA